AUGUUUGACUCUAUCCCUCCCAAGCCUGAGCACGAGGAACAAAUCCCGGCCGAACAGACGUUCGUUUUGGCCGAUGGAGUUUCAACCCACGUAGCGCAAUCCGAUGACGGCUCUGUUACCGUUGCACUGUCUGGAUCACCUCUCGUUUUUUUUGAGAGACAAGACCGCAAGAUUCGUACCAGCCUUUUUGGUGUCGUUAAUGACGAUCGUGCUGUCCACGCGCCUGUACUUCUCCUCAAAUCCACCGCUAGCGACCUACCAGCAGCCGUUUCGAUUGAAGAUCUCUGGGCGGCACUCUAUGCGUUAUGGAUUCGCUAUAAGGAUGAAGAGGUCCUCCCUUUUUCUCUUGACACAAACUCACUCAAGAAUGCCGACGAGAUCAGGUGCUACUUGAUCCAUACUGGCCUUGCGUUCGAGGCUCCGGAAAGCGACAACAAGGAAGAUCUCCUUCUCGUACCAAUCUCGACAUUCCCAUUCCCGUUCUAUACAUCGUUCACUCGGGGCCCCAAUGUCUUGACCACUCACCCUCGUCGUCCGCCAAAACCUGCUCCUGGAGAAUCUUUGUAUUUCCGUUAUAUAUUUUCUGUAGGAGAGACUCUCGAGUUUGUGCACAUCGAUGCAAACAACAAGGAGCAUUUUGAGGCAUAUUCUCGGUGGCAGAACUCGGAUCGGGUUAAUGUGGGCUGGAAGGAACGUGGUCCUGACGAGAAGCAUAGGGCGUAUCUUGCAGAUCGCCUCGCAGACCCUCAUAUCAUGGGCUUUGUGGUCAAGUGGAACGGCCAGUUAGCUGGCUACGGAGAGAUGGCAUGGGUUAAGGAAGACCCUAUGGGAACAUACGUUGGUGGACUUGGUGACUACGACCAAGGAACCCAUUUGUUAAUCGGAGAGGAACGGUUCCGUGGGAGGCAUCGAUUCACUGCUGUAAUGACAUCUAUGAAGCAUAUGUGUUUCUUGCGAGACCCUCGUACAGAGAUCGUUGUUGGAGAGCCUCGGGCUGAUUUGCCUAUUGUUCCUCGGCUCAAAGCUUUCCUGCCUCAGGAGUUCAAUAGGGAAUUUGAGUUCCCUCACAAGCGUUCCGUAUAUUUCGUUCUUAGGAGGGAGCGUUUCUUCCAGGCUGCAAUUCUGUAUUAG